AAGAAAAUUCAAAGAAGACUGAGUACAAGUCUUCUGAGAGUAGUCCACACGUUUUAUGGCUAUAAAAAAAAUAAACAAAACAAGUGAAACAACCAUCAAAUAACAAGGAUUUUAGAGAGAGAAAGAGAGAGAGAGAGAGGGAUUCCAUUCCCAGUUUUGAAUCUAAUUUCCAAAAAGAACACCAAAAACUUAGCCUUAAUGGCUAAGAAUAAUAACUUCUCAUUCUUCUUCUUCUUCUUCUUAUCAUUCUUGUCUCUUCUUUUUUCCAUUCAUGCUAAACUCCAACUUCACCCUUCAGACACAAAAGCUCUUACAACUCUCCAAAACAACCUCGGACUUAACACAACAAAUCCAACAAAUCACCCGUGUAAUGCUGAGGGUGUGUUCUGUGAGAGAAGACUCAACAACAAUGAAAGCUAUUCCCUCAGAGUAACAAAACUUGUUUUCAAAACAAAACAACUCAGAGGAACACUUUCUUCUGCCAUUGGAAAACUUUCAGAGCUCAAAGAACUCUCUCUUUCGAACAACAAACUCGUUGACCGAAUCCCACCUUCCAUAGUUGACUGUAGAAAGCUUGAAAUUCUUAACCUUGCUAAUAAUCUUUUCUCUGGUGAAGUUCCUUCUGAAUUACCUUCUCUCAUUCGUCUUCGUUUUCUUGAUAUCUCUGGGAAUAAACUCUCUGGAAACUUGAAUUUUCUUCGUUAUUUUCCCAAUCUGGAAACUCUCUCUGUUGCAGACAAUCACUUUACAGGGAGAGUUCCUGCUUCUGUUCGUUCUUUUCGCAAUCUUAGACAGUUUAACUUCUCUGGUAACCGUUUUCUUGAAGGUGUGCCGGUCAAUCAGAAGCUUCUUGAAUAUCAAGAUACUGAUAAUACUGUUCCUAAACGCUAUAUCCUUGCUGAGAAUUCAACUUCAAAUCCACCAAGGAGAAAUAUUCAUCACUCUCCAGCAGGUGCUCCAGCUCCUGGUCCUGCAGCUGCUAUACACAAGAAUAAGAAGAGCAGGAGGAAGCUAGCUGGAUGGAUUCUUGGGUUUAUAGCCGGAGCAUUCGCCGGAAUACUUUCCGGUUUUGUGUUUUCGUUGCUGUUUAAGUUGGCUUUGGCUUUAGUUAAAGGAAAAGGAAAGGGUUCUGGUCCGGCAAUUUAUAGUUCAUUGAUUAAGAAAGCUGAGGAUUUAGCUUUCUUGGAGAAAGAAGACGGUUUAGCUUCGUUGGAAAUCAUCGGAAGAGGUGGAUGUGGUGAGGUUUACAAGGCGGAAUUACCAGGAAGUAAUGGUAAAAUGAUUGCUAUCAAGAAGAUUAUUCAGCCACCUAAGGAUGCAGCUGAUUUAGCUGAAGAAGAUAGUAAGAUUUUGCAUACUAAGAUGCGGCAAAUUAAGUCAGAGAUUGAUACCGUUGGUCAGAUUCGUCAUCGAAACCUUUUGCCUUUGUUAGCUCAUAUUUCUAGACCUGAUUGUCAUUACCUUGUGUAUGAGUUCAUGAAGAAUGGUAGUUUGCAGGAUAUGUUGACAAACGUUGAAAGAGGUGAAGCGGAGUUAGAUUGGUUGUCAAGGCAUAAGAUUGCACUUGGUGUCGCAGCUGGUCUUGAAUACCUUCACACAAGCCAUAGUCCACGUAUAAUUCAUCGAGAUCUCAAGCCUGCAAACAUUCUUCUUGAUGAUGAUAUGGAAGCUAGGAUCGCGGAUUUUGGACUUGCAAAAGCAAUGCCUGAUGCACAAACACAUAUCAGUACAUCGAAAGUGGCUGGCACUGUGGGAUAUAUCGCGCCUGAGUAUCAUCAGAUAUUCAAAUUCAGUGACAAGUGUGACAUAUAUAGCUUUGGUGUUAUUCUUGGUGUUUUGGUGAUGGGAAAACUUCCUUCUGAUGACUUUUUUCAGAACACGGACGAGAUGAGUUUGGUCAAGUGGAUGAGAAAUACUAUAAUUUCAGAAAAUCCGAAGGACGCAAUUGAUGCAAGGCUCAUUGGUAAUGGUUUUGAGGAACAAAUGCUUCUGGUUUUGAAGAUUGCCUGCUUUUGCACCAUGGAUAAUCCUAAGGAGAGGCCUGACAGUAAGAAUGUUAGGAUUAUGUUGUACCAAAUUAAGCACUAGUUAAUUUGAUGAUGUGUGAAAUAAAAUGUAUAACAAUGUGUGAUUAAGUGUGUCUGUUUAGUAAUCAAUAUAUUAGUAAAUAAAUGCUAAGGUGUUUGUUUCAAAGGAUAAUGUUGUUUUCAUUACAACAUGCUGAAUUUCAAGAAAAGAAAAAAUAACCUAGAAAGAAAUUCAGCAUUGUGAUGAUCUAUGUCUAAUUGAUUCUGUAACUAUGUGGUCUAUGUUUCUAUAUUGAUCAAUAAAAUACUACCAUGUUGUAACCAAA